AUGACAAGUUCAAAGCCUCGUCGACUUCUCUUAGUUGUUCACUUGAUAGUUUCUUCCACUAUUCAUCCAGUCUUGGCUCAAGAUGUAGGCUCGAGCAUAUUCCAGUAUAUCGAUCCCCUCAUCGGCACCAGCGACGGCGGCCAUGUCUUUCCAGGGGCAACUCUACCAUUUGGCAUGGCCAAGGCUGUCGCAGACGUGGAUAGUGACGAGGCCCAAGGCGGCUACGCAUCUGACAAUAGUGAUAUAACCGGGUUCUCACAGAUGCAUGAUAGCGGUACAGGCGGUGGUUUUGCGAAGGGCAACUUUCCCAUCUUUCCCCAGACCGGCUGUCCUGGAGACGAUAUUACCCAAUGCAAUUUCCCAAAGGCCCUGCGCGCGUCUCAACGGAUCAAUUCGACAGUGCAAGCCAGUCCGGGCUACUUUGCUGUGUCCCUCAACACAUCGAUUCACACUGAGAUUACCGUUUCCAACCAUACGGCUCUAUAUCGCCUCACCUUUCCGGGUCCCGCUGCCAACAGCAGCAGUGCCAACACAUCUACAACAGGUCUUCCGUACAGCCCAUUGAUACUCGUAGACCUCACAGACCUCUCCGACAGCCGCACCAACGGUAGCGUGGCUGUUGACCCGUCUAGCGGACGUAUCAUCGGCAACGGCUCCUUCAGCCCCAGCUUUGGCGUCGGGUCAUACGACUUACAUUUCUGUGCCGACUUUACAGGCGCAGCGCUCAGGGACACUGGUGUUUUCCAGAACAACCGCCCAGGCCGCGAACCGAAAAGCCUUCGCACAUACUCCACGGGCACCACAGAUCCAGUUCCUGCUGGCGCCUGGGCCCAGUUCCAUCCGCCAGAUACCGACGACCAGAUUGUAGUCAGGGUAGGCCUGAGCUACCUCAGCACCAACAAGGCCUGUCAGAACGCGGAGGCUGAGUUUGAGAGCUUCGACUUUGACGAGGCGAGAAGCGCAGCAGAGGACGCGUGGGGGGACAAGUUGAGCGUCGUGUCUGUAGACGAGACGGGAGUGAACUCAACUUUCUUGACGACGUUUUGGUCGGGCCUCUACCGAUCGCUCAUCUCUCCGCAGGACGUGACGGGCGAGAAUCCGUUGUGGCAAAGCUCGGAACCUUACUAUGACUCUUAUUAUUGCAUUUGGGACUCGUAUCGGUCCAUUCACCCUUUGAUAACUUUGGUUGAUCCGUUCAGCCAGACGCUCAUGGUACGGAGCCUGAUUGACAUUUACCGCCAUGAAGGAUGGCUCCCUGAUUGCCGAAUGGACUUGUGCAAGGGAUAUACCCAAGGGGGAAGCAACGCAGAUGUUGUGCUUGCAGACACUUUUGUGAAGGGGUUCACGAAUUCGAUCGAUUGGGAUACUGCAUACGAGGCUGUACUGAAGGAUGCACAAGCCGAGCCUCCCAUCUGGUCUAUUGAAGGUCGAGGAGGGCUUGCCAGCUGGAAGGAUCUGGCAUAUAUACCCGCAGAUGAUUUCGACCCGUAUGGAGUCGGCCCAUUCACGAGGUCGAUAUCUCGCACGGUGGAAUAUGCUUACAAUGAUUUCACCAUUGCUGAAAUGGCCUCUGGUUUGAACAAGACAGCCGAUGCCGAGAAGUAUAUCGGAACAUCUGCCAACUGGGUGAACCUCUUCAAAGCCGACCAGACAUCUUACCUCAACGUCUCGCAAAAUACGAGCCCGCUUGUGGACAGCGGUUUCACUGGCUUCUUGCAGCCGCGUUAUCUCAAUGGCACCUAUGGCUUCCAAGACCCUUCGCUCUGUUCACAAUUGUAUAACUUCACGUCCUGCUAUCUCAACGAGGAUGGCCAUGAAACUUAUGAGGGAUCCUCUUGGCUAUAUACCUUCUACGCUCCACACGACAUGGCCAAGCUCAUCACCACCCUUGGCGGCCCUCAGGCUUUUACUGACCGCCUUCAAUACUUCCACAACACACCCGGCCUGAAUUACAUUGGUGAUGAACAGGCCUUCCUAAUGCUUUACCUGUUCCACUACGCCGGACGACCUGGACUCUCAUCGUACUACAGACACUUCUACAUCCCAAGUCAGUUCAACGACUCGGUCAACGGCAUACCUGGCAACGACGACAGCGGAGCCAUGGGAAGCUUUGCCGCACUGACGAUGAUGGGGUUGUGGCCAAUGAGCGGACAAAAUGUCUAUCUGAUCAACCCGCCGUUCUUCCAGGAAGUCAACAUCACGAAUCCGCUGACGGGGAAGACUGCGACGGUGCGCAAUGUGAAUUUUGACGGCAGCAGCUACAACAACAUCUAUGUACAAAGCGCCAUUCUCAACGGUGAGCCUUAUACUAAGAGCUGGCUCACGCACUCUUUCUUCCGGGACGGAGGGGUGCUUGAAUUGACCCUGGGAGCGAACGAAAGCAGCUGGGGCACAAGGGACGAGGAUCUACCGCCGAGUGUGUCGAACGGGGGGUUUUUCUUCUAA